AUGGGCCUGAGUCCUGGCCAGUCCUCAGGGUCCCUUUGUUGUGCAGGCACCGUCCAGCAGGGAGUCAGGCCCUGGCAGCUGGGAGACGGGUCUGACCCCGGGCAGAUCCGUCUUCUGGGCAGGUCGGGGAGUGCCAGCCCCUUCACACGUGGGUUUCUGAGGAGACGCCUCCGUCUCUCUGGCUCUGGGGCUGCUUUUGGUCAGAACACAGAAUUGGGACGUGCGUCUGGAGCAGAUGUUGGAGGUCUCGGGCGGUGUGUGUUUGAGGCUCCGCUUCAGGUGGCCCAGGGCUGGAUCUCUGGGUGA